AUGAGUUCGUACAAGUCUUGGGUCUGGCUACGCUUAAGAAAGGGGAGCGGUGCGUUGUGUCUUCUGAACGAAGACGUCCUUCUGAUUGACAGCCUCUGUGAGAUCAGAUACAGCACGGUGGACUGGGUACUCUGCGGGGCAUUAUCUUUCCUGAACUGCGCGGAGGUCACCAUUUCGUACGAUAUAGCCUGCCAAUGGAGCAAACGACUCUGUGAGCGGGUGGCCAGGAUAACUCCGGAUUGUGUGGUGUACCCGGGAGCUGCACAGCUCCUGAAACUCCAUCUCGAGAGGACGGUCACAUACGUGGUUCCCAAGUUUCAUCUCUACGCCCACAAGGUCUACUGCCAGCUACGCUACGCUUUUGGAUUGCUAUUUGGAACUGGGGCGACAGAUGGCGAAGGAUGCGAGCGUGUAUGGUCUGGCGCAAAUCCAGCAGCGCCCAGUCUUCGAGAGAUGACUGCGGGAGGCAUGAGUGACACCAUGGACGACAUGGCUGGCUCAUGGAACUGGAGGAAGGUUUGCGGCCUAGCUGAUCUGCUCUGUGAGCGCAUGGUCCGUGCACUGGAAGAAGGCCGGUCACAGACAGGAGUCUUCACGCAAUUCACGGGUGCACUUGAAGCCGAAGAUGCUGCCAGAGUAACUCAAGCGCGAGCGGCCCUCAAGGUCUGGGAACAAGACCCGGUGAGGAAGGAGGGUUCGAACUGUCCUUACUACGUCAAUCAGUUAGACGAUCUAUCUGCUACGGAAAUCAAACUGCAAUCGCAGCAACCGCAAGGGUUGAGCGUAAACCUCAAUGUGACAAUGGAUAGCGAGGAGCAGGCAGCACUAUCGGCGCUAUUAAAGCUCGGAUUCGAGAUUGAGGAGCAUAGGGCACGCUUUCCAACUAAGUACAAGACCUCGGGUGGUACGUCAGACCAGGCGCUCGCCCGAAAGCACGCUCUGAACGCCAUCUGGCGCGACAUUGUACGCUUAAGGGAGGGGCAGAAGGACUUGUUGCCUGAGAUAUACAGCGCGCUCACGCUGGAUGAGCGCGAUCCGGAUCGUCAGGCGGCGCUUACUGUCAAGCUCUUUCUACCAUCAGGUGCACCCGACAAAGACAUCAGUCUCACUUCAGAUGCGACACGCGGACUGGAGGCGAGGCUGCGAUGGCAGUCUAUGAUCGAGGCGCUCAGCCGUCUCAGGCAGCAAUUACGUUUGAGAGGGUGUUUGAACAAGUUCAAGUUAACGCAUAUAACAGGACAGACCAAUAACACCCGCGCACGCGAGGCCCAGGAUGUUGUCAACGCAAACGUUACGAGGGCAGCCGAUGCUUAUCGACGACACCGUGAGGCGUACGAGUCUCUAGUAGGGAAGGGAGAAUGGGAGCAGACGAUGCGCAAGCUAGAGGAUAGUGAUUGUCGGGGUCUUGGUGAUCGCCUGCUUGAACAGAUGGAGGAGCUGUCGGAGUACAACGUUCAGCGGUUUCUGGCGGGCAGGCGGGAUGCGGAUUCGUCUGGAGAGACGCGUUACCUGUUGCCAUGGAUCUGGUACAACAGGACGGAGGAAUCGGGUUUGGCUAUCACAGAUGAACUCAUGGUUGAGUGGUGCAAAAGCCGAGCGCGGGCGCAGCACUGGGUGGAAGAGAUUCGGUUGCUUGAUGAAGAGAUGCGGCGGGUGGUGCAGUUCAACGUCAGCAUGGCGAAGAUUUGGGAGGCGCGGCGACGGCCGACGGACAAGAUGGACUACGGCGCGAGGCACUCAUACGCAGUCGACCUGGCCUGGGAGGACGGCGCACAGGCUUAUGCAUGGCGGUGCAUUCGCACCUUCCGGGUCGUACUCGCCUCCUUACAACGACAUCGACAUCUGGUCGCUGGCAUCAUUCUGCUGAACCUCGUCACCGGAAGGAACCCAUGGAAAUCCGCCAGCGCGUCCGAUCCGACAUUCCAGGCCUAUCUUCAAGAUCCCGUCGGCUUCCUGCCAUCCGUCUUGCCCAUCUCGGACGAGGUCAACGAGAUCAUGCUGCAAACCCUUGACAUUAAUUGGCGCUCGCACAUCACGCUGAACGAACUUCGCGAGGCAAUCAAGGGUGUUCACAUGUCCUACGCCGAGGACGUCGUGUUCGAAGGCAGCAUAACACGUUGCGCGUGGGAAGUUGGCGUCGACAUCGGCGGCGAAACUGAGCCGGAGGUCAUCGACGAGAAGUCGGCGCCCAUCCCCGCCAACGUCGCACAGCAAGAGCCGGUGCACUCUGUCAUCCAGUCCAUCUGGAGUGCCGACUCGUCCGGCUCGCCCGACAUCGACUUCGCUGACGCUGCCGAGGUCGAGAACGACUUGGAGGAUGGCGAUGAGGCUGCGUGGGCUGCGUUACCGGGAGGCGCGCUGGAGUCGCGACGACGCGAGCCUGCGUUCCGGGACACCGUCGAUGAUCUCGGUUUCUGGAGACCUCGCAGCGCCUUUCUCAUACGCCUUGCUCGCCCGGCCGGCUCGCCCAUGCUUUCUGUGGCUCCCUUCUCCAAAGCUGGUGGAGAGAGCUUCAUCGGUGGCGACCUCGACGCCUCGACCAUGCUCACCGUACCGGAGAGUCCGAGCAUCUACGCGUUCUUCAUCCCAAGCCCCGUUGAGCCGAAGGCGCCUCAUCCCUUCCAGGCACCCUUCGAGGUCAAGCUCUCCGCGUACGAGGUGGCGCGCGAAGACAGCGUCGGCUGGGCACCAACAGCCAUGCACACUCGCGCCCCUGAGUCCGCCGCGCGCGAUGAGCUCCCGGACAUGGUGUUCCACAUCACUCCGCCCAUCUCUUCCCUAUCGAUGUCCCCAGGGAGCCCCAUCGUGGCCGACAGUCCCUCAGAACAGCGGAUUAUGUGGCCAGGACCGGCGCACUCCUCUGCACUGUGCACGCCGUCUACUCGCCUGCCGUUCCCCAUUUCCCCGCUGGCGUCGAGCCCGGCAUCAUACCGUGUCGCUCCUCCGCACCGUGGAAAUAAGCGCUUGACCCACUUCGUCCUUCCCAUGCGCUUCGUGUUCUCGCCGACACGCGCGCUGCUCCCUCCGGCGCCUGGACCAGCGCCUACGGUACCCCUGCCACCGACACCAACUCCUCGACGCGCAACGAGCCCCGGCCCAUCAUCGUGUCUGAUGCUUCGCAUCCCGCGCCCUCCUGAGGCUGAGCCGGAGUCAAUGGCUGGCAAGCCGUCGCGCACCCGGCGCAGGACGCCGCUCCGUUCCGCACGCGACUGGUGGCUUGCCGGCGAGCGAUUCGCGGCCACGGUCGCUGCAUGA